CGGGGAAUUGGUUCCCAAUGGGAACAGCAGCUUCGGACGAGGAAAAUACCGACAUGUCAGUAUCAUACGACAUGGAUGCUGAGUAUGCUUGUCGUUGCUGGAAAGAUGAUGGCAUUCUCCCCAAAAAAGGAGUCCAGCCUUACUCUGAACCUGCUCCCUUCAUUUUUGUUGAAAUGAGGUUGUGUAAUAAACUCAAGAAACAUGCCAAUGGCGACACUGGUGGGGACGAUGCUGUCAUAGAGCUGGUCUCAGUAAGGAGACCAUUCUGUUUUAACCACGUUUUGUUUUUGACAAGCGAGAAAAUGAGGCCCUUCGUGUCUGUCUUUCUGUCUUUUCUGUGUUUACCAGACAGCGUUAAGGAAUAAGGACUCGAUUAUAGAUGAGAUGUUCCGAUUUGCCCGUUCAAUGCUGGAUGAUGAUGAGAAUGCGGGCCUGGAGGUGCUUCCGUUUGUUGUGGAUGUUGCGGUUACUAUAUUGCAAAUGCCUGGAGAGAGUGAAGAUGAUGCGAUUGCCCGGGCUGGGAACAAGCUGCAAACACUUCAGUUGAUGUUCCCAGGACGCAGCAACUCGUUAUUCAGCUUGAAACGGCUACUAGUAAUCUUGUUUUGUUCAGCUUGAAACUGCAACUAGUAAUCUUGUUUUGUUCAGCUUGGAACUGGAAGUAGUUGUUCAGCUUGAAACUGAGUUUCGUGGUUGAAAAUAUGAUGGUAUU